AGACUGCAGGCUGAAGGCACUUCCUGUUUGCCUCCCUGCUCAGACCGGAGGUUGCCGCCUGGUUUACACAUAGACAUGUAUAUAAGGGUUUACAGGCGAGGCGAGGCUUAGCUCGGACUGCUCUUUUACUUUUGUCUCGCCAGAAGGGCGUGUUUCUCCGUCGGCAGCCGUCUGAAGCGGGAUUGCUCCAGCCUCCACUUGUGACCUGUGAGCCCUGAUACCCGUUCACCUGGAAGCUUACCCUAGCCAGAUUUAGGAGGAUGGAGGAGGAGAACAGGGGCUUUCUGAGGAGGUUUGUGGAGGAGUUCUCGGCUCCUCUGGAGGAAGACAGCCUGCUGCCUGUCAGCCCUUUGAGCCAACGAGUGUCCCUUGAGGAAAUGCACGGGGAGAGCUUGGAGCUGGGUCUGCGGCUGCUGGCUGCUAGGGCUGCUCCUGCAGGUCUCAGUGCCCUCCUGUGCCAGACAGCAUUGUGUCAUCUGCAGCAGAAUGACCUUUCACCUUUCCACUGCCCCCAGGAAGCUGAAGACAAUGAGGAAGAGGGAAAGGAAGUCAUCUUGCUUCAGUCAGAGGCAGUCCAGCGUCUCUUCCUCAACAAGUUGAUAGAUGUUGCACUGGCGUGGCAUAAAAACCUCCCCGAGCCCCCUCCCUCCCCCUCCCGGUUCCUCCUCUGCUCCGUUCAUGCCAUAAAGAACAAGAGAAGGAAGAUGGAGGACAAACAUUUGGCCCUGGCUGAGUUUAACCAGCUCUUUGGGAUCAAGGACGGAGUGCCGCGUGCCUACUACGCUGUGUUCGAUGGCCAUGGAGGAGUGGACGCUGCCACCUAUGCUGCCACUCACCUCCAUGUUGCACUCAGUAAACAGCAGACACUGCAGGGUGACGCAGCCACAGCUUUUAAAACCGCCUUCCUACACAUUGAUGAAACAUUCAAGGGCAAAGCCAAAAGAGAGCGUUUGCGGAGUGGCACUACAGGCGUGGCAGUGCUGGUCCAGGGACAGGAGCUGACUGUGGCGUGGCUAGGGGACUCUCAAGCAAUUCUGGUCAGGAACGGACAAGUUGUCACACUCAUGGACCCCCAUAAACCGGACAGAGAGGAUGAGAAACAAAGAAUUGAGGAUCUUGGUGGCUGCAUCACCUUCAUGGGUUGCUGGCGUGUUAAUGGCACCUAUGCUGUAUCCAGAGCUAUUGGUGACUUUGACCAGAAGCCGUAUGUGUCAGGAGAUGCUGACUGCUCAACAACCCAGCUGUUUGGGGACGAGGAUUAUGUGUUGCUGGCAUGCGAUGGCUUCUUUGAUUCAAUUAAACCUUCAGAGGUCCCACAUAUGGUCCUGGAUGCUCUUCAGCAGUCUGGUGAGCCUGAGGACGGGGGAGACGCUCCACUGGAGAAGUCUGAGGACACCAUUGGACUGAGAGUCGCUCAACAGUUGGUUGGUCAUGCUAAGGAAGCCGGUUCUAGUGAUAACAUCUCAGUGAUGCUGGUGUUUCUGCGUCCACCACAGCAGCUGCUGUCUCAAAACGCCACCACAGGACCUGCACGGGCCAGUCAGAACUCCACCUCCCAAGAUGCACCACAGCAGUAAAGGAGGUCUGCUGCCCAGACAACACUGUGACAAGUUACUCCAGUAUUCAGUAUUUCUCAGCCUAUUUCUUUCCCGAGUAGCUGAACACGUGAACACAGUAAGCUGUAGCCACACUAAGUCACUGCUUUGGAAGAAACAUUUUGAUUGAACUGUAUUCAAACCAGAUAAUUUGGAAAGGUUUGUGAGAUGAUGACCCAGGUCCUCACAGCAGCAGUGAGAUGUGGACCUGCUGAGUCCCCAAACAUGUUCCCAGACUCACAGGAACAACCCAGAGUUGCCACACUGGAAUACUAUCCACUCUAACUUUGUGUAUGUUGGUCUGUUAUCAUUUGAUUAAACAUUUGUUUAAGGAUAUGCACCAUCAUAUCCAUUUGUGUAUCUAUGUGCCUGUGUAUUUAAGAGAUGUCUGCCAAGUAACUUAAACUGUGCCUUUAGUAUUCAUGAUGAUUCUGUGCUGCAGUUGAUACUUAAUUUAAAUUGUCAACUUCAGUCUGAAACAUGCCAGCCUCCAAGAAACUCAUAUCAGCUGAUCUGUAUUGCCAGGAAGUGUGACUUAAGAGUAUUUAGGACCGUUACAUUUUGAAACUGGCCUUGAGUUGUAAGUUUGUAUGAAACUGAUGUAGUU